AUGCAGAUUACUGAAGUAUUCACUUAUUACCCAUUUGCUGAUGCGAACUGCGGAAAAGAUUUCGGUGAAGUGGCAAAUCUUGGUAAAGUGACUGCUAUUGAAAAAUAUUUCUCAAACAAACAGCCAAAUAGAAUGAAAAAUUGUACAGUCAAAGUAGUGAUGCAAGAAACAAUACCAUACGUAAAUCUUGGAACAAGUCAUCAUGACACGUAUGAUAAACAUAUGGAAGGUAUAGAUCAGUAUGUUUUAAAUAUUAUGGCAAAAAUAGAGGAUGUCACGCUCGAUUACAUUGUACCUAGUACAGAAACCUCUACUUUAGGUUUCGUAUUACCAAAUGGAACCGUCACUGACCAGCUGGCUUAUUUGCAAAAUGGGAGUGCGGAUAUAGCCAUUGGAGGUUACAUUUUAAUAGAAAAUCAAGCUGAACACUUUGACUACAUUUGGGGCUACAAGUAUGCUAGUUAUUACUUGUUUACACCAGCAAAAAGUAACGAUAAUUGGAAAGAUAUUUACGAAGAAUUUAGCCUUACUACCUGGAUACUGAUUAUUAGUGCUUAUUGGUUAAUAGUUGCAGUAUGUUUAAUGGUUCUUCAGUUACCUCCAGCUAUAAAACACUCUCGUCUAAAUAUAAUGCUAGUGCUAUGGGGCUUUUAUUUGUGGAAUUGUAAUAAAAGGAUCCUACAAAUAAAACGAUUGAGGCUCAUUCUAAUUUGGUGGAUAUGGUAUACAUUUUUUGUUGUAAAUUUUUACACCUCUUAUUUAUACAGUUUGAUUGCAAGUUAUAACCAAAAACCGGCUAAUAUUGAUGAAAAUAAUCUAAAUUCAUCAAAAUUAAAACCAUGCAUUAGCAGUAAUGUCAGAGCUAGUUACUUAUAUUCGCACAAUAUAAGUUUUCCUGAAAAUGUUGAUUUACCAGCUUGUAAACACUCUGGAUCUGCUCUAAAGGCCGUAGCUGAAAAUGACAAUUUAUUUACAAUUCAAAGACAUUAUCAUUAUCUUGCAAAUGAAUUUAAAUUUUAUGAUGAUAAUCAUUAUCGAAAAUUGGAUCUAAAGCGUAUUGGUAAUACCAUGAAUGUUGUUAUGUAUACAAACAGAGGAUUUCCAUUACAGAAUCAAAUGAAGUUACAUGGUACACGUAUCUUUGAAACUGGAAUAGUGGACAAACAUCUAGAGAUACUUAUUCACACAAACAAAACGGUCUCUAAAAAGGCUGUCACCAAAUACUCUAAAUUAAGUAUGCCAGAUUUAAGAAUUAGUUUUUGGAUUCUACUUUUAGGUAUUAUUAUAUCUUUAUUGUGUUUUUUAUUAGAAUUUGUCAUA